GGGGAGGCCGCGGCUUCGGGGCGAAGCGCUAGACGGUGGCCGACGAGGUCCGGCAUGGAGCACCUGGAGCGCUGCGCGAGGCUCCUGCGGGGGACGCUGGUGCGAGCGGCCGUGCGGCGCUACCUGCCCUGGGCGCUGGCGUUCUCCAUGCUGGCGGGCUCCGUCCUCAAGGAGCUCUCCCCGCUGCCCGAGAGCUACCUCAGCAACAAGCGCAACGUUCUCAACGUAUAUUUUGUCAAACUGGCCUGGGCCUGGACCUUCUGUCUCCUCCUGCCUUUCAUUGCCCUCACCAACUACCACCUGACAGGCAGGGCUGGCCUGGUCCUGCGGCGGCUGAGUACCCUGCUGGUGGGCACGGCUAUCUGGUAUGUCUGCACAGCCAUCUUCUCCAACAUCGAAGACUACACGGGCAGCUGCUACCAGUCACCAACCCUGGAAGGGGUCAGAAAGGAGCACCAGAGUAAGCAGCAAUGCCACGGGGAAGGAGGCUUUUGGCAUGGCUUUGACAUCUCAGGCCACUCCUUCCUGCUGACCUUCUGCGCCCUUAUGAUUGUGGAGGAGAUGGCCGUGCUGCAUGAACUGAAGAUGGACCGAAGCCACUGUCUCCACACUGCCAUCACCACCCUGGUGGUGGCCCUGGGCUUCCUGACCUUCAUCUGGGUGUGGAUGUUUCUGUGCACGGCCGUUUACUUCCACAACUUGUCCCAGAAAGUAUUUGGUACCCUCUUUGGUUUGCUGGGCUGGUAUGGGACCUACGGGUUUUGGUAUCUGAAAUCUUUUUCCCCAGGACUUCCUCCCCAGAGCUCUAGUUUGAAUUUGAAGCAAGAUAGUUAUAAGAAGUAAAAGCAAAACAAAAGGGGUGAUAGUAGGACAAUGGCUAAUAUAUAUAUUUUUCAUUAUUUUAUUAGUUAUUUGACUAAAUUAUCAAUCCUGCUUCAGAGAGGAAGCUUACCAGGCAGUUUUGGGGAGCGGUGGUGGAGGCUGGGGAGUGAGUUUAAUUCCCACACUUCUUGGCCAUGUCACUUUGUGUCACAAGCACCACCAUUCCCAGUCAGGCACUUUCUGUCCCUGGCAAGACUUGACCUUAAUCUGGAAUGUUCCUUUUGUCUCUAGAGGGCAGAGCUAAGGCUCAGUGAAAGGACAGAAUCAGGAAAGCCUCUGCUGUGUGGCCAAAGUGGAGGCCAGGGCCUCAAGACCCUUCGCUGCUGUCAUUCUCUCCCUGAUUCUGGGUGUCUUGUAUUGUAAUGGCUGUUAACACUGUGGUUUAACAGUAUUGCCCUCUGGUCAGUUUUGCAUAAGCACUUAUUUCCAGCAGGGUUUUUUAUAAAACAGCCAGCUGCCUGAAAGACACUCUCCAGUCAUGGUAUUCAUUUAUCCUCAGAAUGUUAUGUAUUGCAACUGACUUGUGAUUAGUUACCAAAAUAGUUAAACUGGAGUGCCUCUCUGGCUGAGUGUUGGGUGAUAUUUAUGUAACGAACGUUGCCGGUUUACUGUCCAUGUUGUCUAUUGUGUAUUGGUUUUUGGAACAAUAAGGUUACCUUUUUUCCCUAUUAUUUUGAGCAAAUGCUUGAUUGUUUUUAAUAACAACUAUGGCAUUUGCUCUUUGUUGACAAAACCCCUGAGAGUAAUCCACAACUUCAGGGCUUCACUUUGGUACGUGUGUGGAUAGAUUUGAGUUUUUGUUUUUGUUUUUUUUUUAGAACACUAAUUUACUUUUUAUAAUCCAAACUCUUGGCUUAUGGUAUUAAAUUCCACCUCACUUUA